AUGCCACCGAAGGCAAAAAAGGGUUCAGGGAAGAAGUCCAGAGCUGGAGCCGCGGUUACAGACACGAACUGGGAGACUGGUCUGACCAAAGCAAAGUUUGAUGAGGAGUCGUGGCGGGCUUGUGUAUCUUAUGUGGUUGCAAAAAGUCCGGAGGAGGAUGACCUGAUCCAGGCUUUGGCUUUGGCUGUACAAAAACCUCUACGCAAGCUUUUCAAUCUGUUGACCUGGGACAAUACCCUUGCACUGAUCCAGGAACUGGGAAAUCCCAAAGCCAAAAAGACUGAUGAUGUCCCCAUGUUUUAUGAGGUUACUGAGCCGGCUAAGCUGCUGCUGGACGCAGGAGAGGAGAUUCCCUGUGAGCUGAUGGCAAAAAUAUUGAAGUUCCAGCUGUUACAGAUCAAAGCCUUGGAUCUGAAAAGGAGGGAAGCAGAAAAGGCAGAGGAGGAAAAGUUAAAGGCUGAACCUCCCUCUGCGAAGGACAAGGGAGAGGCCAAAGCUUCUGACAAAAAGGGAAAGAGUGCGCCCUCACGUGCAGGAUCUUCUAAGGACAAGAAAACCAAGCUUAAACGCAGGGAUGAUGUGGAACCACCUACAUUUAUUGAUGAUGAACCAGAAGAUGGUCCUCAGCAUUACAUUCUGGUACUUGGUUUCUACCAGCCCCAGCUGAUUAAGGCUCUUGAUGCCAUAGAUAUACAUGUAGCCAAUGUUAUCAAAUUGUGUCAGGAGCACACUCAAUCUUCUGAGGAGCUGCAGGAGCAACCUACAUGUGAUGACAAUGAACAAACCAUGAUCCCAUCUCCAAGUUUGGAUACAGAGGUUUAUGUGGGUGGAGAGCUGGAUGCACAGGCCAGGAAGAUGGAUGGAUUCUGGUCAAGUCUGGGACCAGUUUUGGACAGUGGGCUGCCUGAGUCCAAGCUCUAUGAUGUUGUUCAGCUCAGCUACACUGUCCCAGAUCUCAUGUCUCCCUUUGACAAACAAGAAUCUGAGGCUGAGCCAGAAAUAGGAAGCCACAUUUUUGAGGGCGUGGCCAAUCUUAUCUAUGACUGCCUUGACUGGCGCAGGCAACAUCAGCACUACCUGGACAACAUCAAACUCAUCAGUGUGCCCGCUGUUGUUGGUUUGGAACCACCGGCUGUAGAGACAUCAGCACAGGAGGAAAACUCCAAAGUACAAGACAAAGAGCUGCCUCUUCUGUCUAUAGACGUGGAUAUGCGUUACUAUAAAAACCUUCUUGACCUGGUUCCUCCUGAAGCCUGCUCUGUGCCUCUGGUCUUACAUUGUAUGCUGGAACAGGUUGUGAUUUCAGCCGAGGAGGCCACCUUGUCCCAUGUGGCUGAGGGUCCCAAACUUCACCGUGGUUCUGGAUUGGAUCACCAGCAGCUCAGCUUCAUGUUUGAGUGUUUCCUGCCUCUGUUACACACUCAAGAGGAGAAAAGCAAACUCCUAAACAGCUUGCUGGCUCAAGCACAGAAUGAGGAGGACAAGAAGAAGCUACUGGAGAAAUUUGGAACAGAGGAGCCUCCUAAUAAGACUGAACAUCCGUUGGUAAUCAGACACCAUGAUGAGAGGGCACUGCGCCUUAGGGAUAUUAAUGCUGUUGAGGGUUUUGAUCCAGCAGAGGUGGAGUCAUCCAUCAUGAGACUUUCUCCUGUGUCAGAUCUGAUCCGUUCUGUUGCUCAGAAGAGGAACAAGAGCUCCUGUUGGAUGGCAGUCAAACAGCAGCUACAGCACUACUGCACAGAUGAUGUUGUAUCAUGGCUAGAGGUUGAGCGUUUCCUCCAUCAGAGUGUGUUUGAAAGUAUGCCGCUGACCAAACUGGAUCAAAGCGGUGUGCUGCUACAUGGCUCUGGACCACUAGGAGCGAUGGAACCAGCACAGCAGCAGACACCUGUUAUUAUUCCAUGGGACAACCCGCCAUCCUACGCCAAACAGCAACUAAAAAAUCUACUAACUAAAGGUCCAACAUUUCUUACAGAAAAUUCUGCCGAUACAGAGAACCGUGGGAGAGUUUGUAGCCAGCUGGACUUAUCAGACAUCCAAAACUGUAGGCUGAGAUCUCUAUUUGACUGGCACUAUGCUGAACACCACAACGCCUCUGUUUUCGCCCAGGUACUUCAGUCAGCCUCAGAGGAAUACCGAUGCCUGGACACCUUUAGAGGAACUAUAAACAACAUCCUGUACAUCUUUUGUCACAAUCCAAUGAGCCCAUAUCGCCAGUGCAAAGAAUCCUGGGAUGUUACUCUUCACACUGAUGUCAAGUUCAGGAAGUACUUGGAAUAUGUUGCACAAACUGUGUCAGAUUGGACAAAAGAGGAGGAACUAAAGAGAGAAGAGAUGCAGCUCAGAAAUAAAAAGCCUGCUGAAUCUCCAAAAGAUGAAAAGACUGAAGUCCCUCCCGAAGUAGACGAGGAAAACACUCCAGAGCCAGUUAUCAGAAAAGACUCCUUAAAAGCCUGGAAGUUGGAGCAGGAGCGACUGAAGGAGGAGGAGACGACCAAAAAAUCAAAAAAGGACAGUGCGCAGAAAUCCAAGCAGCAGAAGGAGGAAGUUAAGUCUGCAGACAACAAAAAAAGUGGAAAGAAAAGCCGAGCAGAGACAGCAAACAGCACUGCCAAGACUCCAGGAGGGUACUUGAGUGCCACAGUGCCCCCGCAGGAGGAGAGAAAAGAGCAGCAUCCAACAGAGGAAUUGUUUAAUGGUUUCAUAGGCUAUGGCAUGGAAGGAAAGUUGGUCCAUGUGUCUGGUCAUCUUCAGUACCUUUUCCCUUCAGAUGGAGGACACAUCAGUGUGGAGAAGAUCCGCUUUGUUGAAGGUUCCAGCCUGAUGAAAGUGACUGUGAAGAAGGAUGGACAUCGUUUCUGCACACACAUCAACCAAGUUGUUGUUGAUCAAGCAAGACCGACUUCUCAGCCCAAAGACAAAGAGUCCACUGUGAACAAUUGUAAAGAGUCAGAACCCAUGGAAAAGAAAAGAACAAAGCAGGGCUCCCUCUCAGCUGUACUGGACAAUGGAAUCAGCCUCUCAUACAGUUUCUAUGGUCCCACAGGAGAAUACAGAGUGAGGGCUGUGGAAACAGCAGGAGGGCCCCCAGAGACAUCCACCUUCCUCCCGAAUCCUCCCUCCUCUCCUUCCCGUGAAACAAAGUCUGAAGGCCAGCCAACACUGGCAUCAACUCCAUUCAACAGUCUGAACUUGUCUCUUCCUAAUGGACUCCUGCUGCAGUUUCUAAGAGAGGAUGUACAAGGUGAGUCCUCUGAGAGGAUGGGUAUUUUGGUGAAGCAGGGAUUUCCUCUUCAUGGUAGUGGGCAAGCAGGCCAGCUUCAGGACCAUUCCCUCUCCAAAGAACUGUCCCGCCUUGUCACCAGCCAGGGAGCUGUGAUCCGAUACAUGAGAGAUGGUUCUACUCAGGUUCUGUUUGCAGAUGGCUCAGUCAGCAAUGGACAAGACUCUGGUCCAGUGUGGGUUCCUGACUCCAAUCUUGAAGAUGACAACACCUCUCAGGGAACUAAGGAUGAAAAGAAAGAUGAGUGCUCUGAGAAGGAGAAUGAUUCUGAGAAAGGAUGUUGGUUAACUACAACUCCAUCUGGAACUCGCAUACACACCGUGGGGACGACACACAGACACAUAUCAACCCCACCUAUUCUUGUCUUCAAGGCUACAGACCCAAUCACCCAUGAGGUGAUGCUGAGCCGAGAGGAUCUGGUGGUCUCUGUUACGAGCCCUGAUGGAUCUCAAAGUGUUGAACAUGCAGAUGGAACCAGAAUCACAAGUAUCUACCAAGACCAGCCACCAAACACAUCACAACAUUUACUCUUACACACAGGGAAGCGGUCUGAGAGUGUGACCCUCAGAUCAACAUCUGUUUGUGCAUGUGACUGCACUGAGCAUGUGCGUGAUGAUGGAGAGAAGAAUGUUUAUAAGGAGGAGGAAAGCAUGUUUGCAGAAGAGAAUGGUAAGAGGAGUGCUUGUGAGAGCGAUAAGAGGAGUUUGUCUACCAAAGAGUGGGUGGUGUUGGUGGAGAAGGAGGGCUGUGCCACAGUGUUGAUGUACCCGGAACGACAAAUGGCCCACGUCUUUUUAGCUGAUGGAACUGUCAUAACUGGGACUAACCAAGGAGCCUAUCAGGUCUUCCCAUCUAGUGUGGGGCUCCUGCAGAUCCAAAGUGAUGGGAAGUACGUCUACUCCUCUGACCCACUCGUUACACCCAGUCCUAACAAUCACAGUGCCACAAACCAACCAGGAAGCUACACCAUGAGUCACACAGACAGAGUAGCCUGUGACAUUACAGACCCCGAUGGGAACCACUUCCAGGUGUUGGAAGAUGGGCAGUUAUCAGUGUUGAACUUCAGCCCUGCUCCCAGCACACUGAAACACAACGAGGAGGAGCCAGAGGACAAAAUAGUGGGGAUUCCAGUAAAACACAGACAGCACUGUCCCAGGCUGUUUAUGGUGCAUGAAGACGGCUCAGGUACUGAACUGCUGAGCUCCCAAACUGUAGAGGAACUGCUCCAGGAGGCGUACUCUGACUCCACUGUAGCGCUGCUGAAGGAACCUCUGCCAGAUACACAAGAGGAGCUUGGCAUUACCGUACUGAAGCCCAGCCAACAGAGCGUGUGGUCCCAGUGGUUGCUAGGGAAACAGAACCCUGAUAUCACCCCUCCCAACCUCAGAAAUCGCACCUGGCAUGACUUCCCUAGAACAGAGAAAAGGGUCCCAGGGCCUCCAAUUGGUACUGACCUGGGACAAGGUUUGACUCUGAGAGAGAGGACAGCUCAACAUCACCCUGUCAGAAGCUGCCCUAAAAUACUGGAGAUGAGGGAAUUUCAUGAGCACAGACCAAUCACCAGCCCACGCAGAAAUACUAUAGAUACUGGGCUGAAGGAAUACAUCGAGACUUUGAUGAGGAGGCAUCAGCGAUCAGAGGCGAUGAAAAUUAAAGAGCCUCGCUCUGAGGAGGAGAGUGCUAAGGCCAGUGAACUGUUCAACCUAGUGCUGUCUUUUGCAGAGGAUGAGAAUGCUGUUCAAACCUUUGACAAGAGGACAUCAGUGGAAAUAGCCAAUCUGUAUAAGCAAGGAGUGGAGGCCCCAACAGAGUUGGAUGUUUCUGAGGACACAGACACAAUAUCAAGUGACAGUUUUACUAGUGGGAAGGAGUCCAAAUGGGCUGUGAGACUUGCACAGCACAGACAGGAGAUGUCUGAAGAGCAGGCAUACAGAGAGGCUCUGAGGAAGAAGAGCAUUGUUCCUUUUUUCCACCCAGAAAAUCAUCCCGUAUACCAAGAACUGUUUCUACCUGCUUCAGCACUCCAACAACCAGACAUGAGGAGUCUAUCCAUGGCUCUCCCUCCAAUGCCUAGGUCAGACAGCGCUGAGGCCAGUCUGAAAGAUGUCCCACAAGAAACCACCCCAAGACCCUUAAACCCAACACCCUCUAAGUCUGCAAGUCAUGCUGCAGGAAGCAGUAGGAUGCACAAAAAAAAAUCCCCUGACCCAGAGCCUGAGACUACAAGGGAAAUAACUCAGAGGGAAUCACCAGGGCACAGUAGGUCAAUCCAGUUGGAUGUGACUGGAACACCUAGGAGGACUAAAGUCAGGCUACCAACUUCUAUCCUCGGCUCUAAACCUUGCAGUGUGCCAAAUCAACAGUUUCUCUCAGUGGAAGAGCCCGUGAGGAGGAAGUGUCGGACUAUUUCCUUGACUGAUCCUAAUGUCAUCGUGAGGGGAUUCCAGCUCCUUCCCUCCAGUGUCAACUUUGGUACGCUACGGGAGGGCACCUCCUCUGCCAUCACCGUAGUGAUGAAGAAUGUGGGGAUUGACACCUGCAGAUUUCAUGUGAAACAACCUCCUCCUGCUACCGGCCUGCGAGUCCUCUACAAUCCUGGUCCUGUGGCAGCAGGUUUGCAAGUUGAGCUGCAUGUUCAGCUGUUUGCCAUGUGUGCAGUCCAUGCAGGUGAGGUAGAGCCGAAGAAGUACUUUUCCUAUGACAUCGUCAUCCAUACUGAGACAGACAUCCUCUACCUGCCUGUCACUGCUACGAUCCUUCCUGAGAGAUUGUAUGACAUUUGGCUCAAGGAACACGGCAAGAAAAGCUCAAAGGUCCGUCAGCUGUGGCCCAGGCCACCGGCAAAGACAGGAAACAGCUAGCCUGUGAGAAAAUGAUCUCCAGUGUGAUAUCCCGCCAAUCAUAAUCAAACUACUCUCCAACAUAUUAAAAUGAAAUGAAAUAUUGAUGAAGCUUUUAUAUUUUUUGUCUGUUUCAAAUAAAUUCAAAUAAACACAAAAUGA